GUGAAGCCGGUGGAUGCGCCCGGAGAUGCGCGUCGGACGCAGCAGCCACGCAGCACGGAGAGGAUCACCUAAAGAUCGACAGAUUGCACCAAACCAGGUCAAGUUCGUUUUUGUCUUUUUUUCUUCUUCUUCCCGUGUGGGGUAGAAAUACUCCCGUGACCCGAGGGGACUAAUGAUGGCUCUAAUGGUUCACCUGAAGACAGCCGGCCACCUGCGGGGGAAAGGGGACAGAAUGGCCAAAGUUACAUUCAGAGGACUGUCCUUCUACAGCCGUGUGGCAGAGAACUGUGAGGACGUGGCCCACUUCAAUGAGAUGUUUCGGUGGCCCAUCGCCAGCAGGCUGGAUGGAAACGAGAUGCUGGAAAUCCAAGUGUACAAUUACAGCAAAGUAUUUUCCAACAGACUGGUGGGGACGUUCUGCAUGGUGCUUCAGAAGGUGGCCGAGGAGGGACACCUAGAGCUGACGGACACCCUCAUCGACGACAACAACACCUCAAUCAAGACCAGCGUUACCAUAGAGAUCAGAUACCAGUCGAUGGACGGCUCGGCGGGAGUGUGGAGCGACGGGGAGUUCCUCGACGUCCCCGAUGACCGCGACGGGAUGUUCGCCUUCGAAACAGAGAGCUUGUUGUCGGGACAGAGCCGCGGGUCGGGGACGUCUCCUGGACGGUCCUUGCAGGGAUCCAUACCGACCUUCAGGAAAGCAGGGAAGGGAGUGUUCUCAGCCAUGAAGCUCGGCAAGAUCAGGAGCUCUAGGGACGAUCACAAGAGAGGAGAUGAGCCGGCGGUCCUGGACAUGGACCUGGACCUGGACCGGAAGGCGAUGCGUCUCGCUGGAGUCGUGGACCCAGAUACCAUCUCUCUGGCCUCGGUUACCGCCGUCACCACCAACGUCUCCAAUAAGAGGUCAAAGCCAGAUAUUAAGAUGGAACCGAGCUCUGGACGCCCAGUGGACUAUCAGAUCAGCAUUACAGUGAUCGAGGCCCGACAGCUGAUAGGCCUCAACAUGGACCCCGUUGUGUGUGUGGAGAUCGGAGAUGACAAAAAAUACACGUCUAUGAAGGAGUCCACCAACUGCCCGUACUACAAUGAGUAUUUCGUCUUUGACUUCCACGUCCCUCCUGACGUCAUGUUUGAUAAGAUCAUCAAGCUUUCAGUCAUUCAUUCUAAAAAUCUUCUUCGAAGUGGGACAUUGGUGGGAACCUUCAAGAUGGAUGUAGGGACUGUUUACUCUCAGCCUGAACACCAGUUUUACCACAAAUGGGCCAUCUUGUCUGACCCUGAUGACAUCACAGCGGGGUGUAAAGGAUACGUGAAGUGUGACAUCGCCGUGGUGGGGAAGGGCGACAACAUCAAGACCCCACACAAGGCCAACGAGACCGACGAAGACGAACUAGAGGGGAACCUCCUCCUUCCAGAGGGCAUCCCAGUAGAGAGGCAGUGGGCCAGGUUUUACGUGAAGAUCUACCGCGCUGAGGGACUUCCUAAAAUGAACACCAACAUCAUGGCUAACGUGAAGAAGGCCUUCAUAGGAGAGAACCGAGACUUGGUGGACCCCUACGUCCAAGUGCAGUUUGCUGGGCAGAAAGGGAAGACUUCAGUCCAGAAGAGCAGUUAUGAACCAAUUUGGAACGAGCAGGUCGUCUUCACCGAGCUGUUCCCUCCACUCUGCAAACGCAUGAAGGUCCAGAUUCGAGACUCGGAUAAGGUCAACGAUGUUGCCAUAGGAACCCAUUUUGUUGACCUACGCAAAAUAUCAAAUGAUGGUGAUAAAGGGUUCCUGCCCACCUUGGGCCCCGCUUGGGCCAACAUGUACGGUUCCACCCGUCAGUACACUCUGAUAGACGAGCACCAGGACCUGAACGAGGGUCUCGGAGAAGGCGUGUCUUUCAGAGCCCGUCUCCUGCUCUCCGUCGCCGUGGAGAUCCUCGACACCACUUCCCCCGAGCUCAUGAGCUCCACUGAAGUGCAGGUGGAGAGCGUCUCUAACAUCUCCGAGAGCGCCACCGGGAAAAUAGAUGAGUUCUUCCUCUUUGGUUCCUUCCUGGAGGCCACCAUGAUAGAUAGGAAGAUUGGUGACAAAGCGAUCAGUUUUGAAAUCACAAUAGGUAACUACGGCAACCAGAUAGACGGUGUAAGCAAGCCUUCAUCGAGAAAGAAAAAGAAGAAAGAUAGUGAGAACGAUGAAGAGGAGGGCGAGCUCAUGCAGAACUCCAGUGACGACGAAGCGGAUGAGGACGUGGACCUGGUUUCUGUCUCCUCCACUCCUCCAAUGAAGCCCGUCAUCACGGACAGGAAUUAUUUCCAUCUUCCCUACUUUGAAAAGAAGCCGUGUGUCUACAUCAAAAGCUGGUGGCAGGACCAAAGACGACGACUUUACAACUCCAACAUGAUGGACAAGAUUGCUGACAAGCUGGAAGAGGGUUUGAAUGAUGUGCAGGAGAUCAUUAAGACGGAGAAGGCUUUUCCAGAGCGCAGACUGCGGGGUGUGCUGGAAGAGCUCAGUCUCGGCUGCAGCCGGUUUGUGACUCUGGCUAACAAGGAUGUGAACCAGGCAGGCCGGACCAAACUGGAUCGAGAGCGGCUCAAGUCGUGCAUGAGAGAGAUGGACAGCAUGGGCCAGCAGGCCAAGCAGAUCCGAACUCAGGUGAAGAAAAACAUAGUCAAAGACAAGCUGAAGCUGGUGCAGAACUUCCUGCAGAAGCUCCGUUUCCUAGCAGACGAGCCUCAGCACAGCAUCCCAGAUGUUUUCAUCUGGAUGAUGAGCAACAACAAGCGCGUGGCCUACGCCCGGGUUCCUUCCAAAGACAUCCUCUACUCCAUAGUGGACGAGGAAACGGGAAAAGACUGCGGCAAAGUCAAAGCCGUCUUCCUCAAGCUGCCUGGUAAAAAGGGGUUUGGUCCUGCAGGCUGGACAGUUCAGUCCAAGCUGGAGUUGUAUCUGUGGCUCGGCCUCAACAAACAAAGGAAGGACUUUCUCUGUGGUCUGCCUAAUGGUUUCGAAGAGAUCAAAUCUGCUAAAAUGAGCCACGGCCUUCACUCCGUGCCCCCCGUUAGCCUUGUCUACAACAUGAAGCAGGUGUUUCAGCUCAGAGCACACAUGUACCAGGCUCGCAGUCUGUUUGCUGCGGACAACAGCGGCCUGUCGGAUCCCUUCGCCCGAGUCUUCUUCUCCACACACAGCCAGGUCACCGAGAUCCUGAGCGAGACGCUUUGCCCGACGUGGGACCAGCUGCUGGUGUUUGACGAUGUGGAGCUCUUCGGAGAGGCCAGCGAGCUGAGAGAUGACCCUCCGAUCAUUGUAGUUGAAAUCUUUGACCAGGACACCGUGGGCAAGGCAGAGUUCAUAGGUCGCACGUUUGCGAAGCCCACCAUCAAGAUGUGUGACGAGCACUACGGGCCCCCGAGGUUCCCGCCCCAGCUGGAGUACUACCAGAUCUACAGAGGGAACCACGCUGCUGGGGAACUGCUGGCCGCGUUUGAGCUUCUGCAGAUCGGUCAAGGGGGGAGGGCCGACCUUCCCCCACUUGAAGGGCCGACGGACUCUGAGCGCGGACCCAUUCUGCCGGUGCCGAUGGGCAUCCGACCGAUCCUGAGUCGCUACCGCAUAGAGGUCUUGUUCUGGGGCUUAAGGGACUUGAAGAGGAUCAACCUGGCUCAGGUGGAUCGCCCUCGUGUGGACAUAGAGUGCGCAGGUCGAGGUGUGCAGUCUGUCCUCAUCCAGAACUACAAGAAAAACCCAAACUUCAGCACGCUGGUCAAAUGGUUUGAAGUGGACCUUCCAGAGAAUGAGCUCCUCCACCCUCCUCUCAACAUCCGGGUGGUGGACUGCCGGGCAUUUGGCCGUUAUAUCCUGGUUGGGUCCCACGCUGUGAGCAGCCUGAGACGUUUCAUCUACACCACCCCAGACAAGGCCUCCAACAACUGGGCCACUGCAGCUAAGCUAAUGAAUGGCUACAUGGUCCUUACCAAUGGCGGCUCCCAGCCUCGCUCCUCACCCAGCCUCUCCUCCCGCACCUUCUCUCGCCCGGCAGGUGACAUCCUCGUCAACAUGGACGCGGAGCAUCUGGUCCGAAAGAUGGACACGGUGGUCAAGUUGGACGCCACGUCUGACGCUGUUGUAAAAGUUGACAUGACCGAGGAGGAGAGUGACAGAGACAAAAAGAAGAAGAAGAAAAAGAAGAAGGGAGGAGUAGAGGAAGAAGAGGAGACCGAUGAGAGGAUGCUUGACUGGUGGUCCAAAUAUUUUGCUUCGAUAGAGACACUGAAGGAGACCCUCAGAGCCCAGGACGCCGCUCAGGCAGAGGCGGAGGAGCGCGAGGACCUGGAGAUAGCAGCAGAGGCAGCAGAUAUCACACACGACGACCUUCUUCUCAAAGGGUCCAGGGCAAAGGAAAAGAGCAGAGAGAAGAAAAGCUCCAAGGACAGGAAGAAGGCAGCGGACGCCUCUGACAGGCGACCCGUCCGAGCCAAAGUGGACGAGCUGGUGGUGUACAACAAGGAGCUGGAAAGUGAGUAUGGAAACUUUGAAGACUGGCUUCACACUUUCAACCUGUACAGAGGAAAAGCUGGGGACGACGACGAACAAGCUCUGGAUGACGACCGCAUUGUUGGCAGAUUCAAGGGAUCCCUAUGUAUGUACAAGCUACCUGUGUCCGAGGAAAUCACAAGGGAGGCAGGGUUCGAUCCUAAUAUGGGCAUGUUCCAGAGCAUCCCCCACAACGAUCCGAUCGGCGUGCUUGUCCGUGUCUACGUGGUCAGGGCAACAGAUCUCCAUCCUGCUGAUAUCAACGGGAAGGCCGAUCCAUACGUUGUCAUCAAGCUGGGCAAGUCGGAGGUCAAGGACAAAGAGAACUACAUCUCCAAACAGCUCAAUCCCGUGUUUGGCAAGUCGUUUGACAUCGAGGCCACGUUCCCCAUGGAGUCCAUGCUAACGGUGUCCGUGUACGACUGGGACCUGGUCGGCACUGACGACCUGAUCGGAGAGACAAAGAUCGACUUGGAGAAUCGUUUUUACAGCAAAUACAGAGCCACCUGUGGCAUUUCAUCCAACUACUCUGUCCAUGGAUACAAUGUUUGGCGUGACCCAUUGAAGCCCAGUCAGAUUUUGGCGAAGCUCUGCAAGGACGGCAAGAUCGACGGACCUCAUUACGGGCCCGGAGGCCGAAUUAAAGUGGCCAAUCGAGUAUUCCAGGGACCUACAGAGAUUGAGGAUGAAAAUGGUCUGAAGAAGCAGACGGAGGAGCAUUUGGCCCUGACGGUGCUGACCCACUGGGAGGAGAUCCCGAGGGUGGGCUGUAAGCUGGUCCCUGAACACGUGGAGACCAGACCCCUGCUGAACCCGGACAAACCCGGCAUCGAGCAGGGCCGCAUUGAGAUGUGGGUGGAUAUGUUUCCAAUGGACAUGCCGGCUCCGGGGCCUGCGAUUGACACGGCACCGCGGAAACCAAAGAGAUAUGAGCUCAGGGUGAUUAUUUGGAAUACAGACGAAGUAAUACUGGAGGACGAUGAUUACUUCACUGGGGAAAAGUCCAGUGACAUAUUUGUCAGGGGAUGGCUAAAAGGACAGCAGGAGGACAGGCAGGACACAGAUGUGCACUAUCACUCCCUCACUGGUGAGGGCAACUUCAACUGGCGCUUCGUCUUCCCCUUCGAUUAUCUCAUGGCUGAGGAGAAGAUCGUCAUCUCCAAGAAGGAGUCUAUGUUCUCCUGGGAUGAGACUGAAUAUAAGAUCCCUCCUCGCCUCACGCUGCAGGUCUGGGACGCCGACCACUUCUCCGCUGACGACUUCCUGGGUGCGAUUGAGCUGGACCUGAACCGGUUCCCUCGUGGGGCCAAGACGGCCAAGCAGUGCUCCCUCGCCAUGAUCCGGAACGAGCAGGAGCUGCCCACAAUCUCCAUCUUCAAACAAAAGAGGGUCAAGGGCUGGUGGCCCUUUGUGGCCCGCGAUGAGAACGAUGAGAUGGAGCUCACGGGUAAGGUUGAAGCUGAGCUUCACCUGGUGACUGCAGAGGAGGCGGAGAAAAGUCCUGUAGGGCUUGGACGAAAUGAGCCGGAUCCACUGGAGAAACCAAAUCGCCCGGACACUACCUUCCUGUGGUUCCUGAGCCCACUGAAAGCUAUCCGCUACCUGGUGUGCAACCGCUACAAGUGGCUGAUCAUCAAGAUGGUGCUGGCCCUGCUGCUGCUCAUCAUGCUGGGCCUCUUCCUCUACAGCAUGCCAGGCUACCUUGUCAAGAAGCUGCUCGGGGCCUGAGAGGCUGCUGGGAGGACAGGGAGGAGGAGGAGGAGGAGGAGG